AGCAGCAGCAGCCGCAGCAGCGGUGGUGGUGGUUCUAUUUGGCUAUUUUAUUUAUUUUUUCUUCUUUUCUAGGCGGUUGGCGUUUGUUCAAAGGUGGAGGGACCGUCGUGGAAGUCGUUAGUCGACCGGUGAAACUAGAUCGUGACACAUCGUGAACAAACGCGCUCCGCUCCUCCACACCAAAGCUCCUCCCUUUGUUUUUUUUUCACUCCCAGUGCUGGGCGUUCCAAUAGGCCUGGGCUCAAGGGGCUGAUUGUGUUUUCCCAGUGGCCAUAACUUUUGAUUCCAUCGGCACUCGACGCACUUUCCCGACUAGAGUGGAUCCAACUUUCUCGUGAGAAUUGUCGUCAUGGCCGGCAAAUUCAAUUACGGCGGAGUGGAUAAUCCGGCCUGGAUUAACGACGAGGACGAGACUAAUAAACAGCGGGAGCAACAACAACAUCAUCGCCAUCACGGCAAAGUGGGUCCGACUCUGAGUUCGCCCAGGCCUUUGAGGAUCGUCGAUCGGGCCGGAUCCUUGUCCAGGAUCGUCCAGCACAAAAAGUUGUCACCCACCAGCUCAUCGUCGGUGGCCAGCAGCGGCGGGGUGACCCUGGAUGACGAUGGGGAUGAUCCGGUGGUGGAUUUCGACGACAUGUUGCCGCACGUUGGCGAAUUCGGACCCUACCAGAUCGCCCUCUUCUUCCUGACGGCUCCUUUCUGCUUCUUCCUGGCCUUCUCCUAUUUCAGCCAAGUCUUCAUCACACUCGUCGACGUCCACACCUGUCACAUCCCGCAGCUCAAUCGCUCCGGACUCAACAUCACUCAAAAGAGAGAGAUCAGCAUUCCGCUGGUGACGAAUUCGGUGCUGGGUGGGCCGGCCACCUACGACAGUUGCACGGCCUACGACGUCGACUACGAGUCGGUCCUGCGCGACGGACUGCGGCCCAACGCGACCUGGCCGACCCGCCCGUGUAGCGACGGAUGGGACUACGACCUGGAACAAAUCCGCUACCAUUCCGCCGUCACCGAAAAUAAUUGGGUGUGCGAUGAGGCCGGUAAGGUUCCGCUGGCUCAGGCCCUCUUCUUUUGCGGGAGCAUUGUCGGCGGGAUCGUCCUGGGCUACGUCGCCGACCGAUUCGGCCGCAUUCCGGCCCUGAUCCUCUGCAAUUUGACGGGCGCCCUGGCCGGAAUCAUCACGGCCUUUUCGACGACGUUCGGCCUCUUCGCCUUUUCCCGAUUCCUCAUGGGCAUCGCCUUCGACAAUUCCUUCACCCUCAUGUACAUCCUCGUGCUGGAAUACGUGGGACCGACGUACCGGACUUUGGUGGCCAAUUUGUCGAUCGCCUUGUUCUACACGGCCGGAACGACGGUGUUGCCAUGGAUCGCCUGGGGCAUCAGCGAUUGGCGCAUGUUCAGUUUGGCCACUUCCAUUCCCAUGGCCUCGGUCAUCCUCGCCUACUGGAUCGUUCCCGAAAGCGCUCGGUGGCUGCUGUCUCAAGGGCAAACGGAGCGGGCCAUUUCCAUCUUGAAGACUUUCGCUCGCAUCAACAAGAAGCAGGUCGACGAGAGUGUCUACAAGAAGCUCAAGACUGCCACUGAGGAGGCGAUGGAGGCCAGCUCCAAGGAGCCGCAACAAACGGUGCUGGACCUGCUGCGGACGCCCAGGAUGAGGAGGAACACCAUCCUGCUGACUAUGCUGUGGGUAUUGGUGGCCGUCGUCUACGACGGCCACGCCCGCAACACGGCCAAUUUGGGUCUCUCCGUUUUCCUGACGUUCAGCGUGGCGUCCGUCACCGAAUUGCCGGCCGAUUUGGUCCUGGUUUUCUUCCUGGACAAAUGGGGAAGACGGAUCUUGGCCUUUGGCUCACUCCUGGGCGCCUCCGUCUUCAGUCUGGCCACUCUGGCCGUCCCCAAUGAUCAAGCCGUUCUGACGGCCGUGCUGGCCAUCAUUGGCCGUUUCUGCGUCAACAUCACGUUCAACAUCGGUCUGCAGUACGGGGCCGAAUUGAUCCCCACGUCCGUCCGUGCCCAGGGCAUUGCCUACGUCCAUAUCGCUGGUUACGUGGCCGCCAUCGUCUCGCCCUACAUCGUCGAUCUCGCUCGUUUUAGUCAAUUUUUGCCACUGACCAUUCUGGGAAUCCUGGCCCUGAUUGGUGCCAUCGUCGGACUCAUGUUGCCAGAGACGCUGGGCGCCAUUCUGCCGGAGACGAUCGAGGACGGAGAGAAUUUCGGCAAAGAUCAAAGUUUCUGGGAUUUCCCGUGCUGCCAACGACAGAAAGAAAUUGAGCCGGACACGGUGACGGCCUCCAGCGGCGAUUCGCUGCCGGUCGUUUCCGCCAAGGAUUCGAAUUUCAUUCGGGCGCCAUCCAAUCGGGCCAAUGCCCUGCGGACAUCUAUCCGCGGAGAGGCUUUCCGCUCCAGCCUGCUGGCCCGCCAGCGUCAGCAGCGCCAGCUGGACCCCAACGACAAAAGCCACAAGACUAAUAACCCGGAAACAAUCAUCAGUUCCUCAUCAGCUCCUCCUCCCCGUCCGCCAAUCGAUUGAAAAAUUGUUACAUCAAAAAAAUGUUUUUCCCAACUUUUUAAAAUUUUCACGGACGGGACCUUGAAAAGAAAAGAAAAAAAUGUCGUUCCUUUCUCUUAUUUUCCUCUCUCUCAAUGGUUGAAUUGUUUAUUUUGUCUUCUCAAAUUCCGACAUCGGCAGAGAUUUUCGAUGCAAAAAUCGAAUGAUGAAUUGUAAAUCGUUAUUGUGCAAUCAAAGUGGGGGGUGGAAUUUAAAAAACAAAAAAUUAGGGGG